AUGAGAGCAACAAUUUGGAAAAUCGGUUUAUUUCAACGUUUAGAAGGCAACAAUAAAGAAGCUAUAUGCAAAUUAUGUAUCGAAAAUAAAGAGAAGAAAUAUACUUUUAGUGUUAACAAUUUUACAACAACAAAUUUAGUUUAUCAUUUGAAAUCUAAACAUAAAAAUACUGAAUUUUACAAAUUAUUUUUUAAAUUGGAAAAAGAAAAGGAAAGUAAGAAGAUUAAAUGUGAGGAAGAUUUUAAAAGUAAAUUGGCACAAAAAAUUGAAGAACAAACUGAAGAUAAUAAUGAACUGGUAAGAUUUUCUUGGAGUUUACUCAUUGGCAUAAAUUUUUCGUGA